ACCGAUAACCUGUCGGAUAUAACAUUGCUUUUUGCGCUGAUCUGGAACAAGACAAGCAAGACCGCAGCCCAAGACCUCAGGACCCAACUGCGCAGAAUCGAUUCCACGCUCCGAACCGGCGCCUCCGACGUCGUCAAGGCCGAAGCGGCCACGGGCCUGCGGGGCAUUCUUCAGCGGUCCAGCGAUAGCGACGUCUUCGGCCACCCGAUCGCGGUCAAGGGCGAGUCCGUGUUCGAGACGCGAGACUGCCCGGAUAAACAACUGCGACGGUUGGAUCUCGCCAUCCACUUCCCCGGUCUCAUUCUGGCAUGGCGCAACGUGGACAACAACAACACCUCAAUUCCAACGCGCGCUACAGAACUGUCGAAGGUGAUCAGAAAGGGCCAUAGGGAAUUGCUACCCUGUACCUACUUGCACAAGGACAUUGUCCCGCCAGCAAUCUAG